CCACGGCUCGCCUCCCGGUGCCCCCCCUCCCUUUACCCAAAACGGGGACCUGCCGUCCCGCCUCCUUUGCCCUGCAUCACGUGGGAAGCUCGCCCCGGGGUCCUAACUGGAGCAGCUGCGCCUUGGAGGGGGGAAGUGCCGCGCGGAAGAGUGAAAAGCGUGGGUAGUAGGAGUUCCUCUUCGCGGGCGCUUCAACAACUGGAGGGCAAUCGCGGCUCCGGAUUCCAGCUGUUGGGAGGAACUUACUUUUCCCCUCCGAGGCCACCAUGGACCUGAGGUUGCUGCCGUGGCUGGUGCUCCUUGCCCCUUUCUGCCUUUCGGGGUCCCAGGAAGGAAAUGGCACCAAUACCUCUCCUGAACAAAUUACCACGACAACAAUAAGUAAUGCUUCAGCAACAGCAAAGACCUUGACUGUUAACAAUACCACCCCAAAAUCAGUGAAAACCACGGCUCAACCCGAAGUGACUUCUAAGAUCCCAGCAGCCACCAACAAGACCAUCCCUGCUGCACCAUCUACCGUUGUCUCCCCAACAGACAAACCUAUACCGCCUGCCAGUACAAAGCAUUCUCCAACUGAAUCUGGGACCAAGAAGACCGCUGCAGUUCCCGUAACUAAGCCAUCAUCCACUUUGGCCUCAGAAGCUUCAGCAAUUCAAGGCAACUCAUCAGGGUUCAGCGCCGGCAGCUUCAUUGGUGGCAUUGUGUUGACUCUGGGAAUUCUCGCCUUUGGCUAUGUUGGAUGCAGAUUCUAUCACACAAAAAGAGGUGUUCAGUAUCGAACCAUUGAUGAACAUGAUGCCAUUAUUUAAAGCCUGUGCUGAAAAGACAAACAUCCACGCCUGUUACUCCUGCUUUUAGGAACAUUUUCUCUCUCGGAAAAUAUUAUCUGAUCUGAUAUUGACUGUUUUGUCUCUUUUGACAUGCAUUGAUCUGCAAAUCUGGAGAACUCCACAAGGACUUUGCAUAUUCAGAGUAUCUUCAAUGAAGCAUUUCAAGGAAUUGAAAUUAUACCUGGUUUUAAUCACUCUCUUUUGAAAGCCUUUAAAGUGAGCAUUGUUUGCUUUUUAGCUCUUUUCUACAGAGGAUUGGAGAGGACAAGUCCACAACAGAAUGCAACUUCAAGUGUUGGAUCCUGAAACUUUUUGUUUUAUUCCCCAGUCUUUUCAUUCAGGAAAACAGAUCAGACAUUGCUAGAGAAAUAAGAGUAACCCUUUCCACAGAAGUCACAAAAACAGUAUUUCCAGAUCAACUGUGUAAGAUUUUUGGAAUAUCAUUGGAAUAUUGUUUCCUUAACAAUCUGAGGGAAACUCAAAUAUUCUACAGGUAGCCCUUGACUUAACAGUUUGUUCAGUAACUGUUCGAAGUUACAACAACACUGAAAAUAGUGACUUAUGAUCAUUUUUCAUACUCAGACGUGUGAAAAACACAUCCAGACAUUUGGCAACUAUCUCAAAUUUAUGACUGUUGCACUGUCCUGGAUCACAUGAUCAACUUUUGUAAUCUUCUGGCAAGCAACAUCAAUGGGAAAAGUAGAUUCACAUAAAACCAUGUUACUUACUGAACAGCUGCAACAAUUCACUUAACAGCUGUGGCAAGAAAGGUUGUAAAAUGGGGCAAAAUUCACUUAACAAAUGUCUCCCUUAGUAACAGAAAAUUUGGGGCUCAAUCGUAAGUCGAGGACUACCUGUAUUGGCCUUGUUGAAUAUUUAAGAAGUUUUAUUUUUUACUUUGCGAUUCCAAAAAAACCAAAACAGAUAGGAGUGCAAAAAAUGAAUUAGAAGCUUUUGAGGUGGAGGGAUUUCAUUGUAUUUUUUGAAAACAUGAUAAACAUUUUAAGACAUCUGAAUAGGACUGUCUUGAAGAAGAUUCAUAUAAAAUUGGUGUCUUCGGGUUUUUUUUUCCUGGAAAGGAAAGCCAAUUUCUUCCCAUUUGAAGGCAUUAUGAAAUCAUUCAUUUCAGGUCCAUCUAGUGAAGGGCUGUCAAACUCCCGGUCCGUGGGCCAGAUGUGUCAAGUGCUGGCCACACCCAUGCCCGGUUUAACGAAGGGGAGAAAAGUCCCGCUAUGUCAUCUGAUGCCGCGAGUUUGAUAUCCCUGAUCUAGUGGGAUUCGUUCUGUUUGAAGUCACCAUAUCAAAAAAUUCACCAGAUUGUAUGAGUUAGCUCUUAGACAAGAGGCUGUGUGACUUAUCUGUUAAAUGCAGAUAAUUGUGUAGUUAUUCAUUGUCCGUAUUUACACUUUCACAGAGAAACUGAUUAAAGAAUAAACAUCCAGAACAUU